GCAGCGGGCCACCAGGCGGAGCAGCAGGCACCGGGCCCCCGGGCGGAGCAGCAGGCACCGGGCCCCCGGGCGGGGCGACAUGCAUCGGGCCCCCGGGCGGAGCAGCAGGCACCGGGCCCCCGGGCGGGGCGACAGGCAUCGGGCCCCCAGGCGGGGCGACAGGCAUCGUGCCCCCAGGCGGGGCGACAGGUCAUCGGCCCCAGGCGGAGCGGCGGGUGCCCCCCCAGGCGGAGCGACAGGUCUCGGGCCCUCAGGCGGAGCGGCGGGCGCCGGACCCCCAGAUGGAGCGACAGGUCUCGGGCCCUCAGGCGGAGCGGCGGGCGCCGGACCCCCAGGCGGAGCGACAGGUCUCGGGCCCUCAGGCGGAGCGGCGGGCGCCGGACCCCCAGGCGGAACGACAGGUCUCAGGCCCCCAGGCGCGGGGCGGCGGGCACCGAGGUCAGGCGGGGCCAGGAGUCAGGCACAACCGUGGGCUCCGAGUCAACUGGGAUGACCGCUGGCACUGGGUCAGACAUUGGAUCGUCUGGCUGGACAGCGGGCAUCGGGUCACCAGGCAUCAGGUCAUUUGGCUCGACAGCGGGCACCGCGUCAUCUGGCAAGGCAGUGGGCUCCGAGUCAACUGGUAUGACCGCGGGCACUGGGUCAGACAUUGGAUCGUCUGACUGGACAGCGGGCACUGGGUCACCAGGCAUCAGGUCAUUUGGCUCGAC